AUGAUGAAGUUUUUCGCCUUACCCAUCCUCAUCGUCUCUAUCUUAUCGCUCCUCAGACCCGCGAAUGUUAGAGCUUUCGAUCCUCGCGAAGCUACUAUCCAAAGUGUUCAUACCGCCCUGUUCAGUAACCUCACGACUUGCCGCACCAUUGUUUCCUCCUUCCUUUCCCGCAUCGAAGCCUACAAUCCAACCAUCAACGCUAUCAUCUCCCUCAACCCCCACGCUCUCACCAUUGUCGACUCCCUCGAUGCCUCGCUCGCUUCUGGUAACGCGACUGGACAGCUGUUUUGCGUCCCAGUGCUGCUCAAGGAUAAUUAUGAUGCAGUGGGGAUGAACACAACGGCAGGAUGCGAGGAUUUGAGAGGGAGUGUGCCGAACGUUGAUGCACCGGUCGUGCAAGUAUUGAAGAAGGAAGGAGCUGUGAUAUUGGGGAAAGCGAAUUUACACGAGUUGGCGUUGGAGGGUCUGUCUGUGUCUUCACUUGGUGGGCAGACUAUCAACCCGUAUGAUCAUACACGUACCCCUGGUGGUAGUUCGGGUGGUACUGGCGCCGCUAUCGCUAUGUCGUUUGCAGUUUUCGGUACCGUGAAUUCGCUGCGGUCCCCUGUAUCGGCGAACAACCUCUUCAGUGUCCGUCCGACUCGUGGCCUUAUUUCCCGCUCCGGGAUCGUGCCCAUAUCCUUCACUCAAGACGCGAUUGGACCGAUAGCACGAAGCUUGGAAGAUGUGGCGGUGGCACUCACAGUCAUGUCAAGCGUAGGUUACGAUCCGGACGACAACACAACCGCACUCGUACCUUCAGCGAAUGUCGGGUUGGAUUACUCACAGUUCUUGUCGGGAGAUGGGACAAAACUGAACGGCGCAAGAUUAGGAUUAUUGGAGGGCUUCUUCAACAGAACGGAAAGCGAUGAGACGACGCCGGUGAAUGAAGUCAUGGACAGGAUGGCACAGAAGCUAACAGCAGCCGGGGCCACGGUCUUACGCAUCAACGAGACGGUCUAUAACGCUACUUCCAUUGCCCUCCUUGACGUUCAACAGUUCGAAUAUCGACAAGAAAUGGACGCCUACCUCCAACGACCUUCGCUUGGUGGUAUACACCCAUCUACGCUCAACGAGCUCUACGCCAGCAAGAAAUUCCUCGUCAUUCCAGCGCAAUACACCUACGUCAAUAAUACCCUAGUCUCUUCGACCUCCCCAUCCACUAACACGACCUAUGCAACCAUCAAACUCGCCAUUCAAGACCUCGUCACAACACUCCAAUCCACCUUCGCGUCGAACGAUCUCGACGCUAUCAUCUAUCCCGAACAAAAAAACCUCGUUGUCCGAAUCGGAUCUCCAUCCCAGUCAGGACGAAACGGUAUCCUCGGCGCACUGACAGGAUCACCUGUCGUUACUGUGCCCGCUGGAUUCUCAGAUCCGAGUAACGAAGCUCCGUUGGGUGUGCCUAUUGGGAUGGAGAUUCUGGGCAGACCGUGGACGGAGGGAAAGUUGUUAGGAAUCGCAAAAGGUGUUGUGAGCGCGAGCAGGGGUGGAGGUGUGAGGAGGGUGCCGGAGUUUGCGAGGCAAAGCGUGGCAGUGAAGAGUUAUGGGGGUGUUCCGGUCAUUGCACCGGACGGGGAGAAUAUACCGAAAGCGUACCCGCUGGGUACCCUAUAG